GUCUUAUUAAAAAAAAAGUCCAUGAAAGGAGCCUUGUUAUAAUCCUCAUUCCUUAGCCAGCCAAGGAAACUACUAGUUUAAUCCAUAAUGUAAGCAAAACCUUUUCCCUUAAAGCAAAAUUUCGUUCUUUACAUUAUUUUUAUUGUUAUUUUUUUGGCCCGCUGUCAAUGAGCAUUGAUUGGAGUCAGAUAAUUGAAUCUACACGUGUCCUCUGUUGGAGUGAACCCCCAGUAGUAAAAGCUUUUCCACCUAGGUAUACAGUACAGUACACCUAACCUUAAUUUCUUCAUGCCCAGAAGGAAAAGAAAAAAUCUUGCAAAACCUGGUAUUAUAUUUUACUGGUCCUGUUAGCUAAGAGAUUACAGAGUAUCUAAAGAGAGGAUUUUGAUUUGAUUUCAGCUUUUGGGUCAAGCUCUCUUCUCGGUUUUGUUGAUUGUAAGUGUCAAGUUUAUUUCUUGAUUGUUUCUUUUUUUUUUUAUGGGUUGUUGGUGGUGACCCAAUUCUUGAUCUUCAAAAAUUUAAGUUUGUUUUUGCCACUUUCAGAUUCUUAAAGUAGAAUCUAAGUUGUGACUUCAUCUCGAAGAUGUAAUACGUGUCGAAUUUAGUCAUUUCGAGAUUCUUUUAAGUUUUCUUCUUAGGUGGAAAGUUUGUUGGUUUUUUGAAGGUGGAGAUGAAAAGAUCGAAUUUUUGAGUGAAAGUUUUAAAGAAAUUUUUUGUGAGGCUGGUAGGAAUUACAUUAGAUCCCUGAAACCAAAGUUCCAUGUGGCGGAAAGACAAUCUAUUUACAUAGUUUUUUUUUUUCCUGUGAUUCGUGUUUACCUUUCUUUCCAUGGAGUUCUUUUCCUUUCCGCUUCUGGAUCAGUGUGUGGAUAAGGAUUUAAUUAAUUUGUCUUCUUCCUCCUGGUUCAGUCUUUAUAAGAGUUGGUGAUGGACAUGGGAUUUGGUAUUCUUGGUUUAGUUCUUUUCUAGCAUCAAAUAACUCGGGGGGGGAGUGGAGACCCUGUUGGUUGUGAACCUAAUUUUCUGAAGUUGGAAUGUUAGAUCCAUCUGUGCUCCAGAUCUGAGCACCCUUCUUUGACUUCCUGUGUAAAAUCCGGCUGUUGUUUGCUGUUUUGAUGAGCCUACCGUUUAGAUUUCUUGUCUAGAUUUGCUGUUGACUUUAGCUUUCCAACAAUCCGAAACUUCUCUUUUGUCCAUCCAAAACCAGCUUGAUUAGAGACCUAAUAGAAUAACUUUCCAGUUUUAAAUAUUUCACUAUUGGUUGUGGCCUUCUUACCAUUCAGCAUUUUGGAGGUAGAUGAAUGAACUAGAGAAUUGUUGUUGACUCUGGGAAGUCUGAAGAGCUUGAUUGGUAUAAUUAGUUUGCUAAGCCUGUAACAAAUUGAUGGAAGAGAUGUCUCCUCCAGCAGUUGCAGUUACUCUUGGCUUAGGUGGUCCUAUGUGUGAUAAUUCGACAAUGUCAAAUCAUAUGGAGAUUACACGACUGAAGAUAGUCACAGACACAGCCAUCUUGUUGUCAGAUUCAGCUUCUUUGUUGGAUGCUGAUUCCAGUUCUAGUUGGGAUGGGAAUAGCGAUGGUAUGAAAGCUGAGGGUAGUAUGGAUAUGUCUUUGCAUUCUGAUUCUGGAUCUAGUUGGAAUGGAAGCUGCAGUGGUACAAUAACUGGGGGUAGUACUGCUGACAUGCUGUUGCAUGCUGUUUCAAGUUCUGGUAGGGAUGGAAGUUGCAAUAGUACAAUGACCGAAGGGACUAUCGGAAUACCUGAGUUUUCACAGGUUGUGGAAAAGCCACAAAAUGAUGAGAUUGUGGUAGAUGUUAUAAUGCAGGAAAGUGAAGAGGAAGAGAUUUUAUUGGUUAGAGAUGAUCAUAAUAAAAUCAAUGGUGUGGAGGUGGUCCCACUAGAGACGAGACCGGAAAUUAGCUUACCUAUAGCUGUUGAAAUCGAGGGCAUUGACAAUGGUCAGAUAGUUGCUAAAGUUAUUAGCUUGGAAGAAAGAGACGUUGUUUCUACUGCUGCAUCUACCCCCAUUGAUGACAACCCGAAAAAACCAAAACUAAAGGCAUCUUUUGUAGCUCUUCAAUUGCCGAAUGAGAAAGAACCUAUAAAAGGAAAUGUGAAGAGUGUUUAUGAACUAGAAUGCUUACCUCUUUGGGGAUCUGCUUCUAUAUGUGGAGAGAGGCCAGAAAUGGAAGACGCAGUAAUGGUUGCACCACAUUUCAUGAGAAUUCCUAUAAAGAUGUUGAUUGGUGACCGAAUUGGAGAUGGUGUCAGCCAGACAUUGACUCACUUAAAUUCUCACUUUUUUGGAGUUUAUGAUGGUCACGGAGGAUCGCAGAUUGCUAACUAUUGUCGCGAUCGAAUCCAUUUGGCCUUGUCUGAGGAGGUAAGAAUCAUAAAAGACGAUUCCUUAGAGGAAACCCUGGUAGAUACUCGGCAACUGCAGUGGGAAAAGGUCUUUUCUAAUUGUUUUUUAAAGGUGGACGAUGAAGUUGGAGGAAAUAUCAGCCGGACUGUAUCUCCUGAUUGUGGUGCUGAUGCCUGCAUCCAUACAUCUGAACCGGUAGCUCCUGAGACUGUGGGUUCCACUGCUGUGGUGGCAGUUCUUUGUUCUUCCCAUAUCAUAGUUGCAAACUGUGGAGACUCAAGAGCAGUUCUUUACCGUGGCAAAGAAGCUAUUCCAUUGUCGGUUGAUCAUAAACCGAACCGAGAAGAUGAGUAUGCUAGAAUUGAAGCAUCUGGGGGCAAAGUCAUACAGUGGAAUGGCUACCGUGUAUAUGGAGUACUUGCAAUGUCAAGAUCUAUAGGUGAUCGCUACCUAAAACCAUCAAUCAUACCUAACCCAGAAGUCACAUUCUUACCCCGAGCCAGGGAGGACGAGUGUCUUAUUUUGGCCAGUGAUGGUUUGUGGGAUGUUAUGACAAAUGAGGAAGCUUGUGAAGUAGCUAGGAAACGUAUAUUGAUUUGGCACAAGAAGAAUGGUACUAACCCUCUUCCUGAAAGGGGACAAGGGGUCGAUCCUGCAGCACAAGCGGCUGCAGACUACCUCUCCAUGCUUGCUCUUCAAAAGGGAAGUAGGGAUAACGUAUCUGUCAUCGUUGUAGAUUUGAAAGCUCAAAGGAAGUUCAAGACCAAAUCUUGACAACAAACUUUAAGCAUCAUCUUGGAGAUUAAUAUAGUUUUAUACAUCAUAAAGCUUUGCUUGGCUGGUAGAUAGCUUGGUCCAUUCAUUUUUCACCAUGGACUUGUUACAGUUGUGUACGUCAAUAGAAGAAAGUUAGCCAAUGUAACCAAUAUUAUACCAACUCUGGAGAUAUGACGUAAUAUCCAAAUUUUGUUUUGCUUUUAUAUCAUGGUAGCCACUAGCAACAAAAGAAAAUUUCCAACACCGG